CGUUACAUCGUCGUGACACGUCACACCUCCAGGCUCCAUCCAUCUCUGCCGUCUUCAUUGAUUCUUCGUGGUGGCUGUGAAAAAUAUCUGUAGUAAGAGAGAAGAAGAAGAAGAAGAAGAAGAUGAGUAAUAAUAUGGAUAUGAAUCAUUCAGGAGGGGAAGAAGAAGAGGAUGAAGGAGAUGUUUUCCUUGGUGAAUCCGAUGUUCUCCGUGAAUACGAUGUCGACGAACAAGAUCUUCCUGAGGCAGAUGAUAACGAUGAUAUGGACGAUGAUGGCGAACAAUUUGAUGAGAACGAUGACUCUGUUCACACAUUCACUGGUCACAAAGGUGAGCUUUAUGCAUUGGCUUGUAGUCCAACAGAUGCUACGCUUGUUGCAACUGGAGGUGGAGAUGAUAAAGGCUUUCUUUGGAAAAUUGGUAAUGGAGAUUGGGCUGCUGAGCUUCUUGGUCACAAGGACUCUGUCUCUUGUUUAGCUUUUAGCUAUGAUGGACAGUUACUUGCUUCUGGUGGAUUAGAUGGUGUUGUUCAGAUCUUUGAUGCUUCUUCAGGGGAUUUGAAAUGUGUUUUGGAUGGUCCAGGUGGUGGAAUCGAGUGGGUGAGAUGGCAUCCGAGAGGACACGUUGUGUUGGCUGGAUCAGAAGAUUGUUCUCUAUGGAUGUGGAAUGCUGAUAAAGGAGCUUAUCUUAAUAUGUUUUCCGGACAUAAUCUGAAUGUCACUUGCGGUGACUUCACCCCUGAUGGUAAACUAAUUUGUACUGGCUCUGAUGAUGCAAGUUUGAUUGUAUGGAACCCAAAAACUUGCGAAAGCAUUCAUGUUGUUAAAGGUCAUCCGUAUCAUACAGAAGGGUUGACAUGCUUAGACGUUAACUCGAACUCAAGUCUCGCUAUCAGUGGCUCAAAAGACGGUUCAGUUCACAUUGUCAAUAUAGUCACCGGGAAGGUUGUGAGCUCUUUGACUUCUCACACGGAUUCAGUUGAAUGUGCGAAGUUUUCACCAAGCUCCGCAACCAUCCCUUUGGCUGCAACAGGUGGAAUGGACAAGAAGCUUGUAAUCUGGGAUUUGCAGCAUUCCACUCCCAGAUUCAUCUGCGAACACGCGGAAGGUGUGACAUCCCUGACUUGGAUAGGAUCCUCCAAGUAUAUAGCUACUGGCUGCGCCGAUGGUACAGUGAGCAUUUGGGACAGCUUAUUAGGCAACUACAUCCAUACCUACCAUGGUCACCAAGAUGCUGUCCAGGCCAUCUCAGUCUCGACCAACACGGACUACAUUGUUUCGGUCUCUGUCGACAACACUGCGCGAGUCUAUGAGACAUCUGAGUUCCAAAACAAAGUUGCAUAGGCAAGUGAGAAGAAUACUAUCCAGACAUGUGUGGCUAUCUGUGUUCAUUGCUGUGUUCUUCUUUAUUAAUAUGCCUUGUGAGGGAAAUUUUUGUCAAAAAUAACAAUGUCCAAAUUUGAUAUGUACACGGCGUAGUUUAUUGAUAAAGUGUAGUCUUUAUUUGGAAUUUGUUCUUCAGUUUUACAAUCCUUCUAGGUCCAAUGAGAUUGAGAAGUGUUACUCA